GGAGACUCCUACGCAGUGGCAGCCUCUGCCAGGCACAAAAGCAGCUAUGCUGGUCAAAGUGAACAGUUUGAGGCAGCUACAGAGCUCUUCAAACAGUUUGGUUCAGAUGCAGAGUGCUCCAGAGGCCAACAGCCAAAAGCCUCUUCCAAAACCAGCUGUUUAUGCUCUGCCUCAGUCCAUGUCCCAGAGCCCUGGAGCCACAAAGAAAAUCCCUGCCGGAGAAGCAAAGCAGUCCAUGCAGAUCAAAAAGACAGAGAAUGGUGGCUUUUGCCUAGUGCUGAUGAACGGUCCUACUUCUCAAACACCUCCAAGCAGCCAGACAGGAACCCCCCAGCCUGCAUCCCCCAAGUAUGCCUCCCCUGCACCUAUAUAUGAUGAGCCAUCUUUGGAGUCUCCAAUUUACGAUGAGCCACCAGUAGAUAUGGACACUGAAAGUGCCAGUGUGACUGCGAUGGCUCCCCCAAGGUCGCCAAGCAAUAGCUUAAAAAAGCAGCUGCAGCCAACCAAAUUAUUACAACAUCCAGGUAUGCAACAGCAGCAAGCUACAAAGAAGCAUGCAAGAAAACCCUCUUCCACUGAAUACAGCCCAGCUGGCAGAGAAUAUAUAAAACACAUGGUCAACGUUGACCAGUCCUGCAAACUCUCUCACUCUUCUGCUGCAACAGCUGAUGCCUCUACUAAACUGCCUGGUCAGCUUACCUCAAAGGACAGCUUCAAGCAGUCUUGGAAGAUUGUAGAAGCCAGUGUCCUCAAGAACAUGGAAGCCCACCACAGUCGCCAGAACAGCCUGCAAACUCAAGAGUACCCAACUGGUAUAAGCCAUCAGGAUUCUGGUUAUUCAACUGGUCCUUCUCCAAGCUUGAGAAAAAGGAAAGGAAGGAGACAAGGGACAGGUCAGGGAAGACCUGGCUCUGUGGGCAGUAGCAGCGAGCUCACAGCUUUGAAUGACAAGCUGAUUGCUGAGAUGCGUGCUGUGGUGGGCAGGUCAGCAGCUUGCAGGGGAAGUAAAGCCAGCCUCGAUGUUGAAAGUCUGGACAGCAGUAUCCCAUCAGAGAGCAGCAAAGUCAGAUUUCAGUCUGACCACUUGAGAAAAUGCAUCAGCCAGAGCUCAAGAGAUGACAUCUCGGCCAGUAAUAGAUCUCUCUAUAGACAGGGCCUGGAGAGCAGGGACAGCUUUCCUGAUGGUGUGGCUGCUCCACAGGACACGGUGAGGCAGAAGAGGACUUUUGAGAAAGUAGACUCUUUAGAAAAGAAUGUGACCAGCCAGACAAGUUUGGCUUCAUCAGAUGCUACACGGCACUCCUCCCAGGUACCUCUCCAUCUUCACCAACCCGGGACAAUAGAGUUGGACCGCAAGCAGGAGGGCGGUGGCCAGCCUGGCAGCUGUGUGGGAUAUCAUUUCCCUUACAACACCCUACGGAAGCCCAUCUCUCAGAGCAGCAUGGCAGACUGGGCUUCUAAAAACCUGAACAUGCACACGCAGGGCAUCUUCCGCCGGAGGAUCUCCAUCUCCAACAUGCUCUCCUGGAACGGCGGCUCCAUUAAAAAGCCCAUGCUUAUCACCAGCAACCGCACCAUCAAAAAAGAGGCGUGUGAGAUGUUCAAAUUGGUGCAGAGCUACAUGGGAGAUCGUCAGACUCGGAUGGACCGGAACCACGUGGCGCUGGUGACAGUCACCAAGUGCUGGAGCACGCAGGGCUUACGGGACGAGCUCUACAUACAGCUGAUCCGGCAGACGACAGACAAUACGUGCUACCGGAGUCUGGCGUGGGGCUGGGAACUGAUGGCCAUCAGUCUGGCCUUCUUCUCCCCAUCGCCCAAAUUUCAGUCCUACCUGGAAGGUUACAUUUAUCGCCACCUCGACAGUGAUGAGAACAUUGCCCAGCGCAUCAAGGAACUGGUGGAUCUGAAAACCAAGAAGAACUCAAAAUCCAGGAAAAAGAGGAAACAAAACACUGAGGAUGAAGGUCUGCCCAUCAGCACCUAUGCCAAGUACUGCUACCGGAAACUCCAGAAAGUAGCCGUCACCGGAGGCAAAAAGGGGCUCCGUAAGCCCACGGUGGAGGAGAUAGCGCACGCCAGGAACGCCAUCGUGACUCCGUCGCUCUUCGGCAGCUCCCUGGAGGAGAUCAUGCUGCGGCAGCAGGACGUGCACCCGGGCAACAAGCUGCCCUGGGUGCAGACGCAGCUUUCGCAGCAGGUCCUGGCCCUGGGAGGAGAACAGACAGAGGGGAUUUUCAGAAUACCUGGUGACAUAGAUGAAGUCAAUGCAUUGAAGUUGCAGGUCGAUCAAUGGAGAAUCCCAAACAGCCUCAGUGACCCCAACAUCCCAGCCUCUCUUCUCAAGCUCUGGUACCGAGAGCUGGAGGAGCCUGUGAUCCCCCAGCAGUUCUACAAGGAGUGUAUCAGCAACUAUGAGAACCCUGAUGCCGCUGUGGCUGUGGUGCAGCUUUUGCCAGAGCUCAACAGACUGGUGCUGUGUUACCUCAUACACUUCCUGCAGAUCUUUGCUCAGCCGUCAAACGUGGGCAGAACGAAGAUGGAUGUGAAUAACCUGGCCAUGGUGAUGGCCCCCAACUGCCUGCGCUGCCAGUCCGACGACCCUCGUGUCAUCUUCGAGAACACGCGCAAGGAGAUGUCCUUCCUGCGCAUGCUGAUAGUGCACCUGGACACGAGCUGCAUCAAAGGGCUGGUGUGA